AUCUAAUUUCAGACGGGACGCCGAGUCAACCGUGUGCACUGUGGUCUGUGCAGUUUAAGACAGGUUUUAUUUGAGAUGGCGGAGGAAAUAUUGAGGGAGUUAGAAGCCGCGGCGCAAAUCGUUCUGGCACCUCCGAAUCUAAUUUCAUCAGAUCAACGUCAAUCUGCGGAAACAGUAUUUUUAAAUUUUCGCAAAACAAAGUCACCUUAUCAGCUGUGUCAGCAAAUUUUAGAAUUAAGCACUGUAGAUUAUAUAUUAUUUGAAACAGCUGGCUUGAUAAAAACAGCUCUGAUACAAGAGUGGCCCACUCUGUCAGAAUCUGACAUCUCUUCGUUGAGACAAUAUCUGUUACACUAUGUUAUAAGCAAACCUACGUUAGCGCCGUAUGUUAGGACAAGAAUACUCCAAGUUUUUGCAAUAAUAGUUAAAAGAGGUAGCGUGGAUGACUUUGGACAAGAGAGAAGUCGAAUAAUAAAUGAAAUAGAAAAUUUGAUUAAGAGUGGAAACUUACCAAAUCAAAUUUUAGGAUGCAAUAUUUUAACUGCGAUAUUGCAAGAGUAUGCAACGACUGCUAAAUCAUCCGACAUAGGUCUAACAUGGGAAGUUCAUCUUAAAGAGAAAAAACAGUUUGAACAAAGUGAUAUGAAAAAAAUUUUCAAGUUUUGUGUCGAAGUAUUUAAUGAAUUAAUCAAGAAGGAUUUUGAUGAAUCGACAUUACCUCUUGUAAAGUCUUUACUUUCUAUCGUGGAAAGUAUGCUUGCUUGGGGAUUUAUUUAUAAUGCAAAUUUACCUAAAAGAUUAUUGUACAUGUUGGAAAUUCAUGAAUCUGGAAAUAAUCCACCCUUGAGCAUGCAUAUAUCAUGGCAAGAUGUAAUAUUAGAUCCAGCAAUAUUAGAUUUAUUUUUUACACUGUAUUGGAAAGUACGCAGCAAUCCGCAAUUAGCUCACCAUGCUAUGAAUUGUUUGAUACAACUGGCGAGUUUACAUGGUAGAAUCCUAAACGGGGAACAAUUAGAAGUGCAGUACCUGACAAAUUACAUGCAGAGAUUUUUGAAGCUUAUAUUAAGUAUUGAAAUUAGCGAUCAGGAGGCAAACGGAAUUACCAACAUUAUAAAAAAGAUUAAUCAUUUUUUUCCAAGUUCAUUAAAAAGUCUUCCAGAAGACUUAUACAAGUCAUUUAUGGAACAAAUAACAAGAUUAACAUGCUUAUUUAUAGAAUGUGCUGCACAAGAAGAAUCGAUACGUGCUGAUGAUUGUUUAUAUAUGGAAGCUGUGGAACACAUGUUUGAAGUAUGGUCGUGCAUGUUAUGUUCAUCAUAUUUUCCAGCAGAUUUUUGUAAACAGAGCUCUAUUCAGAUAUUUAAUAUAUAUCUUCGAUGUCACUUAUCACCUCCAGAGGGUGUUAGAAACAUUGGUGGAAAAAAUCUUAGCGAGGAAGUAGUAGAUGUGGAGGAUGUUGACAAAGUUAAAUUUAAGGCGCAGUUACAAAUAAUUGGAGAUUUUGGUAGACAAGUACCAGAUCAUUCUUUACCUUUAUUAGCGCAAUUACUCGAAGAUCGAAUACAUAAAUUGCGCGACAAUCUAAAUCUAUUGGUCGAACAAAAUGAAUCGUCAUCUCGACCUGCCUCUAUGGAUGAGUUGUACGAAGAUUUGCAUUGGCUCAUUUUAAUAACGGGGCACGUUUUUUGUAUGGAAUGUGAGGGUGAAAUCGCAUUAACCCUAAUACCUUUAGAAAUAACGCGAUGCAGUAUGAAACAGUCUCAAGAAGGAAAUGUUGAUGUAAAUCGUACACUGGAGUUUUUAGUGUCCUCGCAAAAUGUUCAAUCGGAUAUAAGUAGUCCCUCAGCCUCGAUCGAUCAAGUUAUUCGAUUAAUCACGGGCAUUUUUCGUUUAUGCACUAUUGAGAAAACUGCCAUAUCGAUACACUUGGAAAAUAUACUCAGUCCUGAAUUGAGCAGCACGAUAAUAUGGUUUUUACAUAGAUGGUCAGAGAUUUAUCUUAUACCAAAUGAGGACCAUUACAAUGAAUUAAGCACCACGCUUUUGCAUGCUUUUGGUGAUGACAGCCCUGGUGCAUUGUGGUCAAUGAAUUUUCUUCUGGACAAAAUAAUUUGUAACAUCAACGCUUUCAAAAGCGAACCGGCGCUAAUAGAUGAAACUAUAAAAUUAUUAAUAUCUCUUGUUAAAUCGCGAGCGAGAACUUCCUACCUGUCGAAAUCUGAGAACUUCAAUUAUAUUAUUGAAUUGGCUACAAAAGAACAGUACGAUUUCCCGCAGAUUAUCAAAAGAGGAUUAAUGCGUGUAGUGGUUCAUGCUGGUAUCACGUUACAAAAUAGUGAUCAGUACUACUGGUCGCGGAUUUUACAAGCCUUGCAGAACAGAUUUACACAAUUAAUUUCUAGUGACAAUUUUAUGUCGUCUUACCACGAAGAACAUAUUAAAAUUCAAAUUAUAGAUAUACUAGAAUCUUGUAUAGGUGUAGUGCUAGGUGCUGAAAGUUCGAGAGUAGGACCUGUGUAUCAAUAUACUUUUCCCAUAUUAGCCGAACUUCCAAAAAUAUUAUCCUUGUAUCAUAAUUAUCAAGAUAUAGUACAGCUGAUAUUAGAGCUUUUUAAUGAAUAUAUAAAAAUUGUAUUCUUAUCAGACGCUGAUAGUAUGCGUGUAUAUGAAAUUUGUAUGCAAAUGAUGCAAACGUAUGCUCGCUGUAACAGUCAUCGGUUUACUGUAGACUCGACUGCAGAAGAGGAUAGUUUUCAGGAUAUUGUGUUACUUAUGCGAUUAUUAACUAAUUUAUUAAUGAAAGACAUGUUUAAUUUAAAUAACUUCGUAAACCCAUCAACUCAACUUGCGUCUGCAGCACCGGCCGUCGAACCCGUACCACCUACUGAUGUUUUCUUGUAUGGCUUAAAUAUAAUCAUGCCUAUGAUGACAAUAAAUUUGUUAAAAUUUCCGUCAUUAUGUUUGCAGUAUUUCGAAAUGAUAAAAUUUGUAUGUGAGCUAUGUCCUGAGAAAGUUUGUAGUCUCUCUGUUAAAUUGCUGCAACAACUUUUAGCGUCAGUGGAAUUAGGUUUAUACUCAUUCGGCAAUGAAGUAGCUGGUCUUUGCUGUGAUACAAUCCAAGUCUUAACUAAGCAUAUUAAGAAAGAAGUUACGCAAGGACAGCCACGCAAAGACAUAAUGGCACCUUUUUUGAACUUAUUAAUAAGUCUUAUUCUGUCACAUCAAAUGGAUUCAGAUCUGAUCACACAAGCCAGUUUACCUCUUUACAAUCUCAUAUGUUGCUAUCAAGAACAAUAUCAGCAACUUAUACAAAAUAUUGUAUCUACUCAAACGGAUCUACAAGUGGCGCAAAGAUUAGCGAAUGCUUUCAGUGCAUUGACUGCGAAUGUGGAUGUAAAUAUAGAUUUAAAUGACCGUCCUCAAAGACUGAGGUUUAAAGAAAAUUUCGAGAAAUUUGUCGUGAACGUACAAGGAUUCUUAAUGGUUAAAUAAAAUAUAAAUUAAUAUGUAAAUAAACAAAAAAUAAAAGGUUUAUUUAAACAAUAUACGCGUGGACUUAGAUCUUGUUGGAAAGAUUUAGAUAGAUUUUUAUUAUGUUGUAUAGUUAGUUUUACGUUUAGAUUUUUUUAAAGUAAAUGAGAUGUAUCUGUAAAAGAAUUAAAUUAGUUCAGUUCAUCCUCACUUUAAUCGGUGUAAAUAAACGCGAUUAAUCGUAAAAUAUAUAAUGAGAGCUUUUAACACGUGGAUAUUAUUUUGAAAAGAACUUAUUAAGCAUAUAAGCUUUUUAUUGACCGAUUUAUUACACGUUACCACUUACAGUGAGCCUAGCGAAAUAUUCGAGUAACCAUAAUAUAAUAUUUAUAAUAAAUACUAGUUACAGCGUCGAUGCACGUUUCCGAUAGCAAACGGUCAAACGAAAACGCUUCGUAACGGAUGUCCAGUUACCUUACAAACAAAUACAUAAACUUAUAUAACUUGGUACAGGUCGCAUCGCCGUUAGCCUUUCCAUCAUUGUGUCACUCGCCUCGCGAUGAUCGACAAUGUUUGACAAAGGAAUGCUUAUUAAAGUAUAACAUUAAAUUUAUUUAUAUAUUUAUAUAAUUUAUACUUUGUAUUAUGUAUAUAUAUAAGCGAACGUGUCCUCUCGCGCUCUCUCACAUACUUUCUCCCUUUCAUGCGUUUCCACUCUUUCCCUGUCUUUCAGCAUCUCAUACACGCUCUCAUUCUCACCGUGUCCGUUCUUUGUUCUUCUAUAUUUCAUCUACUAAUAAUAACAAUGAUUAUUAAUCUCUCCAACGACUUAAAUGUGAUGUAAAUUCCUCUCAUAAUAUACGCGUUUCUUUUUUCUCCCUUUUCUUCCUUCCCUUUCUUAUAUAUCUUCCUCGUCGUAUAUACCAUAUCUUGUCUUGCGGUAUAGUCGAUAGAGAGCCUAAAGUUCAACUUAUACAUUUAUGCAUUUAUUUUUCGAUAUAUCAUAUGGUGUGUCGUUAACAAAAUAAAACUAUAAGAUACUACAACAGUCAGCAAGCGAAAAUGGAUAAUCGGUGACGGGGCAUUUAUAUUCGUGUGAAGCCGCGAUCGAAGAAAGACAAAAGAAAAGAUAUAAUCGGCCUCAAGAUCGAACGCACAAAGCGUCUUUGCGACUAGAAUCAAGCGAGUUCAGAAUCGUUUUCCGUUCAAUUCCGAUAUCGACAUCCACAUCGGAGAACACUCCCCCAGAGAAUCUUGUCCCUCGAGAAACGUCAAGGUACACGAAAUCGAUAGACCACUUCGAUGGAAGGGCAACAUUAAAAAAAAAAUGUUCGCACUUGCAAAAGGAGCUUGAAUAAGGUUAAAAGAUAAUAAUUAAGACAAUAAUUAAGGAAUACAAUAUGAUGCCAGUACACACUUGACCGAUAAGAAGAAUAUUACGUGGAACUUAUACCGAAUUGUAGACGCGCUCCCAAGCACUCACAGAAUGUAAAGAAGCAAUACAGAUUCUAAUAUAUAUAAUUAUAAAAAUGUGUGUACAUGCAUACAUUCGACUGUACAAUGGGUGUUCACUCAGUAAGCAAAAUGUUAGCGGCAUGCUAACAGCUUGCCAGCAGAUUCUGCGGCAGAUUGAUAUCAGUUGUAUUAAGCUCGUGAUCUGCCCAGUAGAGCUUUUGUUAUCUGAUAGCAGAUUUUUAGCAGAGAAGGUAAAAUUUCAUAGCGAUUAAAAUGGAAUAUUAAUUAAAUGAUUAUGAAAGAUUCUACUCUAUUUUUGCGGUUAAUCUGUUAUCAGAUUCCAUUAUUGAGUGUGGCAUGGCAAACAGCGCACUGGUCUAUCCGGAGAUCCCGAGUUCGAUCCUGGUAGGAAUCAAAAUAUUUACGCUCCUCUCGGAAUGUAUCUCCUUUCGGAGCUCCAUCAACCUCCAGAGAAUAUUCUUGCUCACAGAAAUACCUUUGGAAAAAUCCGCCGUUCGAAAAAAAAAAUAUUAAAAUUCCUAUAUGCUUAGAGCAAUUGAAUAAUCAGCGUGCGCACCACAAGCAUAUGAGAGAGGAGUAACACAAGUCAGAGGCCUAACAUAAGAAGAAGAUUCCAUUAUUGCUGACAUUCUGUUAACAAAAUUGAUAACGGAUACUUUGCAAAGUCUGU